GGAAACGAAAACGCAUCAGGCUCCGCCCCACGGUCGCACUGAGCCAAUCAGGACACAGCCCGGGUUGAACGCGUGCCGGGUGUCAUGGCGGCUUGCAGACGCUGCUGCUCGUGCCUCCGGCUCCGGCCGCGGAGCGAUGGCCCCUUCCGUCUGCCAGGGGGGAAUCGGGUACUCAACCAGUUGCAAGUGCGAGCACUGUGGGGCAGCGCAGGGUCUCGAGCUGUGGCUGUAGACUUAGGCACCAGGAAAUUGGAAAUAUCCUCUGGAAAACUGGCCAGAUUUGCAGAUGGCUCUGCUGUAGUACAGUCAGGUGACACUGCAGUAAUGGUCACAGCGGUCAGUAAAACAAAACCUUCACCUUCCCAGUUUAUGCCUUUGGUGGUUGACUACAGACAAAAGGCUGCUGCAGCAGGUAGAAUUCCCACCAACUAUCUGAGAAGAGAGAUUGGUACUUCUGAUAAAGAAAUUCUUACAAGUCGAAUAAUAGAUCGCUCGAUUAGACCUCUCUUUCCAGUUGGCUACUUCUAUGAUACACAGGUUCUGUGUAAUCUGUUAGCAGUAGAUGGUAUUAAUGAGCCUGAUGUCCUAGCAAUUAAUGGCGCUUCUGCAGCCCUCUCAUUAUCAGAUAUUCCUUGGAAUGGACCUGUUGGGGCAGUACGAAUAGGAAUGAUUGAUGGAGAAUGUGUUGUUAACCCAACAAGAAAAGAAAUGUCUUCUAGUACUUUAAAUUUAGUGGUUGCUGGAGCACCUAAAAGUCAGAUUGUGAUGUUGGAAGCCUCUGCAGAGAACAUUUUACAGCAGGACUUCUGCCAUGCUAUCAAAAUUGGAGUGAAAUAUACCCAACAAAUAAUUCAGGGCAUCCAGCAGUUGGUAAAAGAAAUUGGUGUUACCAAGAGGACACCUCAGAAGUUAUUUACCCCUUCACCAGAGAUUGUGAAACAUGCUCAUAAACUCGCUAUGGAGAAACUCUAUGCAGUUUUUACAAAUUAUGAACAUGAUAAGAUUUCCAGAGAUGAAGCUGUUAACAAAAUAAGAUUAGAUACCGAGGAACAACUAAAAGAAACAUUUCCAGAGGCCGAUCCAUUUGAAAUAAUAGAAUCCUUCAAUGUUGUUGCAAAGGAGGUUUUUAGAAGUAUUAUUUUGAAUGAAUACAAAAGGUGCGAUGGUCGGGAUUUGACUUCACUUAGGAAUAUAAGUUGUGAGGUAGAUACGUUUAAAACCCUUCAUGGAUCAGCACUAUUUCAAAGAGGACAAACACAGGUGCUUUGUACUGUUACAUUUGAUUCAUUAGAAUCCAGUAUUAAGUCGGAUCAAGUUAUAACAGCUAUAAAUGGGAUAAAAGAUAAAAAUUUCAUGCUGCAUUAUGAGUUUCCUCCUUAUGCAACUAAUGAAAUUGGCAAAGUCACCGGUUUAAAUAGAAGAGAACUUGGGCAUGGUGCUCUUGCUGAGAAAGCUUUGUAUCCUGUUAUUCCCAAAGAUUUUCCUUUCACCAUAAGAGUUACAUCUGAAGUCCUAGAGUCAAAUGGGUCAUCUUCUAUGGCAUCUGCAUGUGGUGGAAGUUUAGCAUUAAUGGACUCAGGGGUUCCAAUUUCAUCUGCUGUCGCAGGCGUAGCAAUAGGAUUGGUCACCAAAACCGAUCCUGAGAAGGGUGAAAUAGAUGAUUAUCGUCUGCUGACAGAUAUUCUGGGAAUUGAAGAUUACAAUGGUGACAUGGACUUCAAAAUGGCUGGCACUAAUAAAGGAAUAACUGCAUUACAGGCUGAUAUUAAAUUACCUGGAAUACCAGUAAAAAUUGCAAUGGAGGCUAUUCAACAAGCUUCAGUGGCAAAAAAGGAGAUAUUACAGAUCAUGAACAAAACUAUUUCAAAACCUCGAGCAUCUAGAAAAGAAAAUGGACCUAUUGUAGAAACUGUUCAGGUUCCAUUGUCAAAACGAGCAAAAUUUGUUGGACCAGGUGGAUAUAACUUAAAAAAACUUCAGGCUGAAGCAGGUGUAACUGUUAGUCAGGUGGAUGAAGAAACGUUUUCUGUAUUUGCACCAACACCUAGUGCUAUGCAUGAGGCAAGAGACUUCAUUACUGAAAUCUGCAAGGAUGAUCAGGAGCAGCAAUUAGAAUUUGGAGCAGUUUAUACUGCCACAAUAACUGAAAUCAGAGAUACUGGUGUCAUGGUAAAAUUAUAUCCAAAUAUGACUGCAGUACUGCUUCAUAACACACAACUUGAUCAACGAAAGAUUAAACAUCCUACUGCCCUAGGAUUAGAAGUUGGCCAAGAAAUUCAGGUGAAAUACUUUGGACGUGACCCAGCCGAUGGAAGAAUGAGGCUUUCUCGUAAAGUGCUUCAGUCUCCAGCUACAACUGUUGUCAGAACUUUGAAUGACAGAAGUGGUAUUGUAAUGGGAGAACCUAUUUCACAGUCAUCAUCUAAUUCUUCUCAGUGAUUUUUUUUUUAAGAGAAUUCUAGAAUUCUAUUUUGUCUAGGGUAAUGUGCUGUAGAACAAAGUUUUAGUAUUAUCUACCAUUGUGUAGAUUUAUAUAUAAAUAUAUUCCAAUUAUUUGUAUUAAAAUGCUCAUUUACAUGUGCCAUUUUUUUAAUUCAAGAGUAACCCAUAUUCGUUUAAUCUUAUUUACAUUAUAAAUCAAGAAAUAUUUAUUAUUAAAAGUACAUCUUAGAAAAGAUGA